UGAUAGUCACCGUUCAGUGGUUUGGAGUUUGGAGAGAUGGGCGCGCGCUGGAGUCCCAUUUUUAAUCUGGUGGUAUUCCCGCGCGACAGCCUGUAGGCUACGUGGACAGCAAAACACAGAUCUAAACUGAUUAAUGCUCUUCGAGGUCAAUUGGACUGUAAAUAUCUGCGGGAAGGACUUUACGCACCACAAAAACAUCCUUGUCAUCCUAAACAGUAGCAUCGACAUCUCUUUAACAGACGGGUUGUAGAAAGUAGUUGAUUAGUGUAGCAGGCCGAGAAGAGAAGAGGAUUACUUUCAUGGACCAGCAUCAAUGGCAGGCACUGGAAAUAAAUAUAAAGUGUAGGGCGAAGCGCUUUAGUUUCGAUGGCAUGCACUGUGGUCAAACAUUUACGCAUUCAGUCAACCGGAGGAUUUAGCUCUUGAAAUGUGUGCGAUAUAUAUAGGGCAUUAGCCAAGGCAUCAAGUAAAUUAACCCUGGGAAUUAAACUUUUUGGAUAAUCUUUUUUGCGUGAUUUAAAGCUGGUUUCGCGCUUUAACUAAGAAUGUCACUGAGCGAGAAUGGCCUAACCCUGCCGGCUAAAGAGCAGGGUUCGAUCCAGUCGGACGUUGUUGAACUGAAUGUGGGAGGACAGGUGUAUUAUACUCGCUUUGGUACUUUAACAAGCAUCCCAAAUUCUUUACUCGGAAAAUUGUUCUCUAACAAGAAAGGUUCAUCGAACGACAUUGUAAGGGACCUUAGAGGACGAUACUUCAUCGACAGAGAUGGUUUUCUGUUUCGGUAUGUUUUGGAUUACCUUCGAGAUAAACAAGUCGUUCUUCCCGAUCACUUCCCUGAGAGAGGACGGCUGCGAAGAGAGGCGGAAUACUUUCAGCUGCCCGAAUUGAUCAAAUUUUUGACCUCCGAUAAAUCUAAACAUUGUCCUGAUGAUUACAGUGAUUUCGAUGACAACAGCGACCAAAUAUUUUCUCCGUAUGCCCUGGACCGGAGGUACGGCUACAUAACAGUCGGGUUCAAAGGACAUUGUAGAGAAAUUCAGACUGAUUCCAAAGCGAAGAAAGUUCCAAGAAUCUUUAUUAGCGGCAGGGUUGGUUUGGCUAAAGAAGUUUUUGGAGACACGCUAAAUCAGGGCCAUGACGUGGACAGGCCACCGGACCGGUAUUCCUCUCGGUCCUAUCUCAGAUUCCGGCACAUGGAAAGAGCAUUUGAUAUGCUCUCAGAUAACGGUUUCCACAUCGUUGCCUGCUGCUCCUCUCUGACGUCGUCCUCUCUCAGUCAUUACACAGACGAAAAGGUCUGGUCCAACUGCACGCAGUACGUCUUCUACCGCGGGCCCUCCAGAUGGUCGUCCUCACGCUGCGACUGCUGCAGCCGGGGCCGUGAGCGAGAGAGCGGCACUUCUGUUAAUGAGCUGUCUACUUCUUGCUCUGAGACCCAAUCAGAGGCCAGCUCUCCUCAGGGGACGGUGAUCUGCCGGCCCCCAGUCAGUGCUCACAUGCUGGACCGGACAGGCCCCGCCCACACACUGGACCGGACAGGCCCCGCCCACGUGGCCGCGCAGGUGGAGCUCAUGCGGCACCAGACGGACCUCCUCCGUGUGCGCACCAUGGGUGUCCGCCAGCGGGAGCCUGCCAAGAGGAAAGGGAGGGACAAGCUGACGCCCGAGCAGGAAAUGGAGAAGUGCAUCCAGGACUUUCAUAGGAUACGCAUCCCGGAGCACUUCCCAGAGCGGAAGCACAUGUGGCAGUCUGAGCUGCUGAUGAAGUACAGACUCUGAAGGAGGCAGGGGGGGGUGGAGUAUUUAGAUCCUGUUAGAGAGACACUAAAAAGAUGCACAGAGAGAAUGAAAGAGAGGGAAAGGAGUAUGAGGUGAGUGUAAGGGCACCAUGCUGUUGCAUGCAGGGUGACUAGUUACUGCACUGACUGCACAUAGGUCAGCUCUUCUACAUGCUGGAUAGAGUGAUGAAAAGCAUGCAGAACAGAACAUUAAUGGCGUCAUGGUUAGUUGGCCGAGCUAAAGGCUCUCUAAACCAAACCCUAACCUUGAUCACACCUGACCCUAACCUUGACCCCAACCCUGACCCUCACCUUGACCCCCACCUUGACCCCAACCCCUGUGCUUGUUGUUGGAUGACUGUCAUCCCUCUUCAGGCCUGGUUGAAGACUAAGGCCGAAUCCCAAUACUCUGUCUUACCCCUACCCCUUAGCCCUAGCCCUUAGUUUUUGCACGUUCCCGUGAGAGUAAGUGGUGUCCCAAUACUCUUUUUGA